ACUAUCCGCAACAGAGAAUCUCGUGAUCCGCUUGAUGAUCGCCUGUACGGCUGGCUAUAGGACGAGAGGUGACUUUGAACUCUCGCUGGCAUAAUUUGCGUGCCUCGAAGCUCUAACGCGCCGUCUGUUUAGGCCCCCUGCCCCCCCCCCCCCCGAAAUCCUAUGCCUGCAGCCACGACACCAUCUGCGUCGCCUCUUCCCCCGACCGUUGCUACAAUGGAGGACAGGAAGAGACCAGCAGUCGCUCAUGGCGAUGAUAUCGCGCCUCCUAGCAAGCGCGUGGCUGUCAAUGGAGCCAAGGGCAAGGAUGACAAUGCUGAGAUGAAAGAGGAGAACUGGAUCGACACAUAUACCAAAGGUGCUAUUUAUCGUCAAAUGCAAGAAUACAGCCGAAAAGCUGCCACGGCCGAAUCACGGCUUGAAGCAGCUGAAAAGAAGGCUAUCCAUCAUGAUGAUCAUCUCAGAAUUAUUGAUGCUUGGUGGCGCCAGGUGAGCAAAAUCAAUAUGUCGCAAAGAAUAUAAAACUAACGUGAAUCAGGUAUUGGAAGAGCUUCAGCUCCUUGCCGAUGGUAAAAUCUCAGCGUCAAGCGACAUUGCGUCCAACUAUCUGAGCGGCACAUCGUUCAAAGACUUGCCCGAAUUCCAGACGCACCUUGAAAACAAGGGCAAAUCUAUAAUUAGUGAAGCCGAGACUCUCCUCAGCAAACUCGCUGCGGGACGUGGUACAUUCUCUCCUGAAGUAUCUGCAUUGGAGGGCAAGGUCAACAGCCUGUUGGCGUCACAGAAGGAUUAUAUGCUGAAAUUGGAUCGACUGAAUACUGAAAAGAACUCCCUAUCAGAAGAACUGAAUGUCGCAACGCUGCGAUUCUUCAAAGCUGAGAAGCGUUUGGAUCGUGCGAAGAGUGCCCAGGUUCAGAAGCUGGAGCAACAAGCCUUGUCAAAUGCAACUCGGUCACCUGCAGCGGCAGCAGCUGCUGCUGCUGCCGCUGCUGAACCUGUUGAAGAAAAGAAAGAGGCAAAUGGAGAGGGCACAGAGAUCUUGAUCAAAUAUGAAGAAGUUUCUGCCGAAGCCACGAAACAAAAGGAACAGCUCAGCAACAUUCUGUCUCAGCUGAAGUCCCUGCAAGAUGAAAACUCAGACCUCAAGGUGCGCCGAGAUAAUUGGACCGACGAAGACUUUGUCAGAACGGACGUUUUCAAGCAAUUCAAGGGACAAAACGAAGAUCUCAUUCGACGUAUAAACACAUUAGAGGCGACAAAUAAGCAGCUGCGCGAAGAGGCCGAAAAGCUGCAAGCAGAGCGAUCGCUCUUCCGAACACAACUCGAAGAAGAUACCGCCCAGACUGUGAAGGAGCUCGAAGCUGAACUGACGUCCCGAGACCAAGACUUGGCUAGAGUGCGAUCAGCCAGAGAUGAGAUUUUAGCCGAGAAUACUCAACGAAAGGCUAGCAUGGAGCAGGAGAAGGCCUCGUUUCAACAAAUGAAGGACCUCGUUGCAGCCAAGGAUGACCGUAUCGUGGCAUUGGAAUCGGAAGUAGCACGAAGCAAGCCUGCCGAAUCGGAUGUCACGAUCAGUGAAUCUGCCGCUCAACUGAGUGAGGAACAACUGCGCCAAAAGUAUACUAAACUCGAGCAAGACUUCAAAGCAAUCAACAACGAACUUCCCGCGAUAGAAAAGGCCUACAAGAAGAUGAAGGACUUGGCGCAGAAGAAGGUUUUAGAUUUUGCUGCUUUGGAGGAGAAGUCGGCCCUACUGGUUGCUGAGAAGAGCAAGGCUGAUCAAAAGUACUUUGCGGCUCGCAAAGACGCCGACACGAGAAAUAAUGAGAUUCGAUCUCUGCGACAUCAAAAUGGCAAGAGCGCCGAAAUUAUUGCACAGCUCAAGGAUAUUGAGUCUCACAACCGAGUUAUGCUGAGUAAUCUCGAGAAGCAACUCACGGACUUGAAGCAAACCAACGCUUCAUUAACAAUGGAGAACCGCCGCAUGGAGUCUGCUACUCAGGAUUCUGGUCGCCGAACAGAGACAUUGAGCAGACAGAUUACUGAUUUGACCAGUAUGGUUAAGUCCAAGGAUCAGGCGACGGCGGAUGCCAGAGAACGCAACACAUCAUGUGAGACGGAACUUGAGAAGCUCAAGGUUCGCGUUGACCACAUGAACAAGGAGAAGGAGAACUGGAAGAACAAGGCUCUAAGCAACUCUUCAGAAGAGGAAGAGAUGCUUCGAACCUUUGCUCUGUGCACGAUUUGCCGCAACAACUUCAAGAACACGGCUCUUAAGACCUGUGGCCAUUUGUUUUGCAACAAGUGUAUCGACGACCGCAUCAGCAAUCGUAUGCGCAAGUGCCCGAGCUGCUCCCGUGCUUUCGACAAGAUGGAUGUAAUGCCUGUUCACCACUAAGAUGGCGGAGCCAUCUACGAUGUAUGCUACUCCUGUGAGAAUAUGGGUGGUAGUAGUGUGUAUUUUUGUUUUUGUUUUGGAAAACUAGCUCAGUGUAUUUUUAGGCGUGGUAGGACUGGGAUUGGGGUUUUUGGUUGAUGUUUUUGAUUCUCGCCUUGAAUUUGGCUCAUGUACAAAGAAAGCAUUCGAGGAGACAUUGCAGGUGCAUUAAGGGGUGUGUAUGAUUCUUUUACUAUUUUUUAUCGGUCAAGACUCAAUAGUGAAAAUAAUUGAUUAUGAUACAAGCUGAUUCUCUCUACAUGGGACAUGGUGCCCGGCUCUCAUCUUCGUCUCGUAGAACCAAAGCCAGUACUUUCACGCUGGCUAGAGCUGCUUGAGCUGCUUCCAGAAGAAGAUGGACCAGCGGCAGAACCAGAACCCCAGGAGCUACCACCAAGCCAUCCUGAGCCCCCUUGGUUGCGUCUGUUGUUAUUGUUGUUGCUAUUGUUGCCGCUCCUACCAGCCAUAUAACCAGCCGCAGCGCCGCUCAUGAACCCUGUACCGAAUCCGGGAUUCCAGCCUCCGCUCUUUUGCCGGGACGAGGUUGAUGAGGAUGACGACGAUUUAUAACUGGAGUAAGGACUGGAGUAAGGCGGAGGAGGUUCGUCACCAAAACCUCCAUCACCACCUCCACCACCACCACCGCCUCCGCCAUAGCCGCCUCCGUUUCCUCCAGUUCUUCUAUUUCGGCGUCUUGGAGUCGGAUCUUGUGAUUUGUAAGCUGAGUAGAGGAUCCAACCCAAUACGGCGGCGAAUAUAAUUGCGAAGAUGACAGCGCCCCAGUCCAAGCUUCCAUCUUCAUUACUGAAGAAGGACGAGCUCGUCUUUGCCACAUCUGGAUACUUCUUCUCGCCGAGAUCCGUCAAUUGGAGUCGGUAUUCCACUCCACAGCUUCCUUUGAGGACGUAGGGGUCGUUGCUAGAGGCGUAGCCUUCGCAGAUCACAUCGGUGCUACCGAGUUUGAGUUCUGGAGGUAGGGAGGCAACACAACUCCAUUCAACAUCCUCGUUUCCAUAUGAAGAACCUUCAUUGGUGCAUCUCAUAACAUCAAUGGAGUAUAGUUUGCAGAUGCUCUCUGGAGAGACGCAUUUUAACUGGGGGACCGCAGAGACGCGACGAUGGGAUGUUUUCGCGCCAUUGCCGCGUAGAGUGAGCGUCUUCACUUGCGAGAGAAGGACGGCGUUUUUGGGUUUCGCUGCCUCUGCUAGAAGUGGCAGGCAGAGCAACAGAAGCUGAUAAAAAUGCAUUGAUGCGACUGGAUGACCGAAUUGUCGGGCUAUGAGAUUGAUGUUGAGUUCAAGACUAUAGUGAGCAUGGGGGGGGGGACUGUAGAUGUGACGUCAAGGUCGCAGGCCAAUCACUGCAAAAAUGGUUGCUGGUAGUGCACGAAUUCAACAAAAUGCACUGGUUACGAAGGAAUAAAAAAUGCCAAUAAAUUGAAAAUACGAAGGAGUGAAUACUUUGGAGAAAUUUAAUUCAAGUGCAGCAACGCCGAAAGGACAGAUGGCCAGUAGCAGAUGGCCUGUGGUUGCUUGAGCCCAAUUACCUGAUUUGGGUGAGUGACUCGCCACGUUCAUUAGUGUAGAUGACGCGGCGCAGCAGGGCAAACGUGGCUCAAACUGCUGUGGCGCGUGGUUGUAGAGGGUAGUGAGUACAGCUGUACAGUCAGAGAGUUUGAACACCAAAGUAGAAGUGGUUUUUUAGUGUUCCUGAGUUUACAGUAGCACAGAGUAAAUGGUAUACGUUAAAGAGUGUUAAUUUAUGAGUCAAUCUAUCCGCGGAGGCACGGAAACUUAUUAUUUAAUGAAGAUGUAUGCAUACUGUCUGUAGCACGACAGCCACCAUUAGUCACCGCCGCAGGGCUCCGGCUGUCGAAUAGAUUGCCUAUUACAGCGAUACAAAACACAAACAAUGACUGACUUUAAACUUUUUGCUCCACGGACAACAACUAGACACGAUGCGACCUUGACGAUCACCUCCACGGCGAACAAAGCCCAACUGCCGACGGCAAACCACACCGAUAGUUUUAUUACCGUACCCGGAUACCGGCAAGCAAAACGAUGAUUACGGAAGCGUGGCGGCAGAGAUCCGUCCAACUGAAGGCGUCCAUCAGCAAUCAACUUGCAAGGCUGAGCAUUAGUGGCUGUCUGCUGCCUAGUCGCUAUCAAAUUAGGAGAAAUCCAGCGAUGCGAGCUAGUCGCCUUGCGGACUUCGGG